AGGCGGUGAGAGGAGGGGAACGCGCUUUCUGGGUGAUCGCGUUUAUUUUGUAAUAAUAACAACUGCUGAAAUAAGAGAGUUUAUACUUACUUGUUGUUUGUAUUGGCUCUCACUGCAUCCAUGUAUGACUAUUUACUCGACCGCGUUCAGGGUCAUUGGCUCUGCAUUUGCUGAACGCAUUGGUUAUGGAACAGCAAGCCAGUGAUGAUGAACCACCAGUAGUUCGUAGAGAGGAAAACAAGAGGAGAAGGAGAAAGAUGAAAGCAUUUACAUCCGCCUCGGCUGUAUCGAUGGAUCAUAUAGCUGUUGAGUUUGUUCUUCCUACCACCAACAAAAAUAGCAAAACCUUGGACACAUUGCAACUGGAUGUAACUGGAAAUUGGACGGUAGAGCAGGUGAAGGUUCAGCUUUGGCACAGAGCGGUAACCUCUAAGUUAUGCCCUGAAUUUUACCAAAAAUACUCUCCAGACUACUGCAUCCUGCUUUAUCAGAAGAAAGGCAACUGGUAUGAAAUCUAUGACAAACAGCAGGUAUUCCAAACCCUUGACUGCAUUAGAUAUUGGAAAGCACUGAGGAAAGAUGUAGGCAAAAUCCAUCUGGUGGUUCGGCAACAACCUGCUGAGGAUUCACUUCAGUACCAACAAUUUCUCAACCAUCUAAUUGGAUAUGAUGUCACCGAUGUUAGCAACGUCCAUGACGAUGAACUGGAGUUUACGCGAAGAAAGCUACUGACCCCUCGGAAAAUUGAGCUAUCUGAUCGAGAUCCCAACCUUUAUUCGAUGGAUCCCUGGAUGACCACAACACCCAUGCCUGAAUACUUGCUCAGCAAAAUAAGCAACAAUAAUAUUCUGAUGGUGAUACACAAAGAGACAACAAGCCAGACCAUUAAGGUAUCUAUAGAUGACACACCAGUCCAGGUACUUCAAAGCUUCUUUGCCAAGAUUACUAACAAGAGAGCACUUUUAGGCAUAUCGGAAGAUGUCAGUGAAUCAGAUUUUGUCUUGAGGGUUUGUGGAAGAGAGGAAUACCUAUAUGGCAACAACGCAAUUAAAGAUUUCCACUGGAUCAGACAGUGUCUUAAAAAUGGUGAAGAGAUUCAUCUUGUUUUAGAGCACCCCCCAAACCCAGAACAAGAUGUGGUUCAAAAAGAGGACUGGUCCCAGGUCGAUGACUGCACUGGUGUUGCUGGUACCCAUGAACAACUAACCAUAACUGAGAAAGACCAUGAAAAGGUGUUCACCAUAUCUCUUUGGGACUGCAAUCGCAAAUUCAGGGUGAAGAUCUUGGGUAUUGACAUUCCAGUACUCCCACGUAAUUCAGAAUUGAUCGUGUUUGUGGAGGCCAGUAUUUUCCAUGGACAACAACUGCUGGCCCAAGAAAGGACAAGCUCCAAACCGUUCACAGAAGAGGUGAUUUGGAACACCUGGUUGGAGUUUAAUAUAAAAAUCAAGGACUUACCCAAAGGUGCCCGACUUAGCCUGCAAGUGUCUUGUGGAAAGGCACAGACACAAACAUCUAAGGAAACUGAAUGUAAAAACAAGUCACGCUUACUCUACUAUGUCAACCUGUUAUUAGUUGACCACCGCUCCCUACUUAGACAAGGUGAGUUCAUCUUGCACAUGUGGAAGAUGCCUGAGAAGAGUGAAGACAACAGCAGUGUAAAUGCAGAUAAACUUACAUCCGCAACCAACCCAGACAAGAACACCUCCAUGGCUGUUGCUAUUCUCCUGGACAAGUACUGCUACCCUGUGGCUCUUCCCAAGAGCAAAGAUUCUCCCGAUAUUGAAGGUGAAAGAGGGCAGAGAGAGAUGCCCAACCAUCUACGCAAACAAUUUGAGCAGAUUAUUGCUACAGACCCUUUGCAUCCGCUCACCUCCGAAGAUAAAGAAUUGCUCUGGCACUUCAGGCAGGAGUGCAUGAGGGAUCCCAAAGCAUAUCCGAAGUUUCUUUCCUCCGUUAAGUGGGGCAAACAAGAGGCUGUGGCCAUAACACAUCAUCUUCUGGAAAGGAGUACCAUAUGGGACAGAAGCUUGCUUGACGUGGGUUUGGUGUUACAGUUACUAGACUGCCACUUCUCUGAUGAAAAUGUGCGCACCAUAGCUGUCCGGAAGUUGGAGACUUUGGGAGAUGAUGAUGUCCUGCGGUAUCUCCUGCAACUUGUCCAGGCUGUAAAAUUUGAACCAUACCAUGACAGCGCACUUGCAAGGUUCCUUCUCAAACGUGCACUCAGAAGCAAGCGGAUCGGCCAUUUCUUGUUCUGGUUUUUAAGAAGUGAAAUUGCCCAAUCCAUGCACUAUCAGCAAAGGUAUGCUGUAAUACUGGAAGCGUAUCUCCGUGGCUGUGGUGAAGAAAUGCUACAGGACUUUAGGAAGCAAGUGGAGAUCACAGAGGCCUUGCAAAAGGUCGCUCGUGAGAUAAAGCAAAUGUCAGCUGAAAAGUAUGACAUAUCAGCACAAGUUGUUUUUCAGCUGCGCCAGAAACUGGAAGGUCUGCAAGUGUUAGGGUUGCCAGACAGCUUUAAAGUGCCUUACGAUCCGGGCCUACGAGCAGGGUCACUUGUGAUUGAACAAUGCAAAGUUAUGGCAUCCAAGAAGAAACCCUUGUGGCUACAGUUUAAACGGGCCGAUCCCACCACCUUGUCGAGCGACACAAUUGGGAUAAUCUUUAAAGAUGGGGAUGACCUUCGUCAGGACAUGCUGAUAUUACAGAUUCUACUAAUUAUGGAGUCUAUCUGGGAGCUGGAGUCCUUGGAUCUUUCCUUGUUACCUUAUGGCUGCAUUUCCACUGGAAAUAAAAUUGGAAUGAUUGAAAUAGUGAAAGAUGCCACUACCAUUGCAAACAUUCAGCAAAGCACUGUUGGGAACACUGGAGCUUUUAAAGAUGAAAUCCUCAGCCAGUGGCUUCGAGAAAAGUGUGUCAAUGAGGAUAAGCAUCAACAGGCUGUAGAUCGCUUUGUGUUCUCGUGUGGAGGGUAUUGUGUGGCGACUUAUGUUCUGGGCAUUGGUGAUCGUCACAAUGACAACAUAAUGAUCACAGAGACAGGUAAUCUCUUCCACAUUGAUUUUGGACACAUACUUGGCAACUACAAGAGUUUCUUGGGAAUAAGCAAGGAGCGAGUUCCCUUUGUGCUGACUCCAGAUUUCCUCUACCUGAUGGGGACAACAGGAAAGAAAAGCAGCCCUAAUUUCCUCCAGUUUCAGAAUGUCUGUCUGAAGGCCUACCUGGCGCUGAGACACCACACCAACCUGCUGAUCAUCCUGUUCUCCAUGAUGCUGAUGACCGGGAUGCCUCAACUCACCAGCAAAGAGGACAUCGAGUACAUUCGGGAGGCUCUGACGGUGGGACGCUCCGAGGACGAGGCCAAACAGCACUUCCUGGACCAAAUCGAGAUCUGUCGGGACAAGGGUUGGACGGUGCAGUUUAACUGGUUCCUACAUUUGGUGCUCGGCAUUAAACAGGGCGUGGAGAAACGGUCAGCUUGAAAACCGACCAAAGGAAAUCUGCAUCUGUAUUGAAAAAGAUCUGCUGUGCUUUUAUUUUGCCUGAUAUAUUUAUUGACAUUUUGUGCAGAUACAGAAAUAAGUAACACACUGUUCUGCUUAUUCUACUAAUGACCAAAAACGAUGUAGUUAUUAAAUAACACGGUAAAUGUAAAAAAAAAUCUAAAUAACUAAUACUUUUAAAAAUAAUAACAAUAAAAAGGCUUUAUUCCUCUUGUGCUUCAAGAUUUUAGCAUCAAUAUAACUCAACUAAAGAUCUGGGAAAAGAUUUGAAAGAUUUUCCUAAUGAAAACCUAAUUUUUUUUAUGUUUUAUGCAUCUAUGAUCUGCUCUAUUUUUAUUACGAAGCUUUUUUUUAAAUAUAGUUUUAUAGUUGUGUUAUUAUUUAAUGCAUUUACAUCAUGCAUCGCAUUGUUUUUAAAUGCACAAUUGCAUUAUUUCCAAUUGCAGGCUUGAUAUUAUUUUGCAGAUUAAUAAAAUGUAGAUUUCUUGCUUGUUUUAUGAGAUUGGAUUAUUUAAAUGCUUGUAAAUAUAGCAGAUCUGUGGAG